GAGCGGCACGGCACGGUGCAGCCCCGCGGGGGGCGGUGGGCUCCCACAAUGCGCGGCUGGCUCCUGCUCCUCGCCGUGCUCCCCGUGCUCCUGGGCUCCCCAGCUGCCACGGCACAGAAGAGAAGCCAAGCGGUGUGCGAGGACGUGCUGCAGGCUGACAUUGCCUUCCUGGUGGACGGCUCAUCCAGCAUCGGCAGGAACAACUUCCGCGCUGUCCGGACCUUCAUGGAUGACCUGGUGGCGCCCUUCGUGCAGGUGGUGGGCGAGAAGGCGGUGCGCUUCGCUGUGGCGCAGUACAGCGACGAGCCGCGGGUGGAGUUCUCCUUCUCCCAGCACACCGAUGGCACAAGCGUCCGGAGGGCCAUCCAGCAGCUGAGCUACAAGGGCGGCAACACACGGACCGGUGCCGGCUUCCGCUACGUCGCUGACAACUUCUUUGGCCCCACGCAGCUCCGGCCAGGGGUCCCCCAGAUCUGCAUCCUCAUAACGGAUGGCAAGUCCCAGGAUGAUGCUGAGGGGCCGGCAGCAAAGCUGAAGAGCCAGGGCAUCAAGGUCUUCGCUGUGGGGAUCAAGAACGCUGACCACAAGGAGCUGAUGCGUGUGGCCUCAAUGCCCACCGAUGCCUUCUUCUUCUAUGUUGGUGACUUCAAGCUGCUGGGGACGCUGGUGCCGCUGAUGACACGCAGGGUGUGCACGAACGUCGGGGGCACCCUGCGCCUCCUGGACGGGCCAAUCCACGCCGGCCCUUCCAACAUGGAGAUCCUGGAGCGGGGCCUUGACCAGCUGCGGAUCCGCUGGACGGCGGCCAGCGGCCCUGUCACCGGCUACCGGGUGCAGCGCGUGCCGCUGACGGGGCUGGGGCAGCCGAUCGUGGCAGAGCGGCAGGAGGUGAGCCUGGGGCCGCGGGAGACGAGCACUGUGCUGCGGGGGCUGCGCGCAGGGACGGAGUACCUGGUCACCAUCACCGCCCAGUACGCCAACAGCAUCGGCGAGUCAGUGUCCAGCCGAGCACGCACCCAGAGCCGCGCCGGCUCCGUGCUGGAUUUCCGUGUGGUGGAGACUGGACUGACCUUCCUGCGGCUGGCCUGGCAGCCCGGCCCCGAGCCCCCCCAGGGCUACAGCCUCAGCUACGCCGUGCAAGGAGCAGCUCAGGAGGAAGAGAAGAGCCUGGGGGCCAGCGCGCAGUCAGCCACGCUGAGCAACCUGCGCCCCGACACCGAGUACGUGGUGACGCUCCGACCCCGCUACGCGCAGCAGCCCGCCGUCCCCGCCACCCUCACUGCCCGAACACGGCGCCCGGUGGGUGUGCAGCACUUGGCCGUCCACAACGUCUCGGCGCAGAGCAUGCUGCUGGCCUGGCAGCCCGUCGGUGGUGCUACUGGCUACCGGCUCUCCUGGGUGACUGUUACAGGGCAGGACAGGCACAGGGUGGACCUGGACGCUGCGAGGACAUCGCACGCGCUGGAGGGGCUGCAGCCCAACAUGGACUACGUGGUGACGGUGGCCCCGCUCUUCGGGCAGCUGGAGGGGCCCACAGCCACUGUGCGGCAGAGGACGGAGACGGGUGCGGAGCAGACACUGCGAACCAACAUCCUGGGCCCCACGUCCAUCCAGGUGCUCUGGACCAGUGCCCGUGAUGCCCGCGGCUACCGUCUGGAGUGGAAGAGAGCCACAGGACCAGAGCCCCCCAGGACGGUGUCACUCCCCAGCAGUGCCAACACCUAUCAGCUGACGGGGCUGCAGCCGGCCACCGAGUACCGCAUCACCCUCUACACGCUCUACGAUGGUGGGGAGGUGGCUACCCCCGUCACCACCUUCCAGACAGGCGUGGAGGGACCCGUGGGCGCCGUAUCGGACCUGCGGCUCGUCGAGGAGGCGGGCAGGCGGGUGCGGCUGGGCUGGACCGGUGUCCCUGGUGCCACCGAGUACAAAGUGGUGGUGCGCAACAACCAGGAUGGCACAGAGAGGACGAGGCGCGUCCCAGGCAGCCAGACGGGGCUGGAGCUGGGUGAUCUCCGGGAGGGCAUCGCCUACCUGGUGCGCGUCUCGGCGCUGGCAGGCAGCCGGGAGGGCAGUGCCGCCACACUCACCGUCCACCUCAAGUACCCGGCGGUGGGCAGCAUCUCAGAGCUGCGGGUGACGGAGGCCGGUCCCAGCCAGCUGCGGGUCACCUGGCGAGGGCUGCCAGGCGCCGGGGGCUACCUGCUGACGUGGCGAGGCAGCGAUGGUCUGGAGCAAUCCCGCUUCCUCCCUGCCAGCCCCACUGCCUUCACCAUCGAGGGGCUGCGUGCUGGCAUCAUCUACACCAUCGGUGUCUCUGCCAUUGUGGAUGGCCGUGAGGGCAGCCCUGUCACUGCCACGGGGCGGAUAGCACCCGAGCAGGUGGGGAUGGUGUCCCGGCUGGAGGUGCAGGCGUCCAGGAGCAACGUUGCCCGUGUCACCUGGGUCGGCGUGCCAGGAGCCACCGCCUACCGCGUGGUGUGGAGCCGCAGGGAUGGGGGCUUGGAGAGCAGCCAGCGGGUUCCCGGCCACACCAGCUCCUUCGACAUCCCCGACCUGGAGGGUGGCGUCUCCUACACCGUGAAGGUGACGGCACUCAUUGGCAACCGGGAGGGCAACCCCGUCUCCAUCGUCGUCACCACUCCGGAGGCAGCCCCAGUGCCCCCCGUCAGCAGCUUCCAGGUGAUGGAGGCCUUGGAGCACCACCUGCGCCUGGCCUGGGUGCCGGUGGCCGGCAGCACCGGGUACCGCCUGGUCUGGCGCCUGGCUGAGGGGGGGCCCCAGCGCAGCCAGCAGCUCCCGGCCACCGCCAGCUCCUACGACCUGGUGGGGCUGGAGCCAGGCCGGCGCUACCAGAUCAGCAUCACCAGCCUGGUCGGCGGCCGGGAGAGCGAGCCGGCCGCUGUCACCGCUGUCACUGCUGCCCUGGGCCAUGUCACCAGCCUGCGGGUGACAGAGGUGCGGAGAGACUCAGUGACGCUCACCUGGGCCCCCAUCCCCGGCGCCUCCAGCUAUGUCCUCUCCUGGACCCCCCCCGCAGCUGGCGGGGAGUCGAGGCGGACACUGCCCGGCGCUGCCAGCUCCCAGCAGGUCUCCGGGUUGCGCCUGGGCCAGCGCUACACCUUCACCCUCCGCCCGCUCCUGGGGAGCACGCCGGGUGCCGAGACCUCUGUCAGCGAGCGCACAGUCUGCAGGGACGCCCGUGGUGACAUCGUCUUCCUCGUGCAUGGCACCCGCGACAGCUCCUCCGGCGCCGACGCUGUCCGCACCCUCCUCUCCAACACUGUGUCUGCCUUGGGGCGCCUGGGUCCCGAGGGCACCCAGGUGGCUCUGGCCACGUACAGCUACCGCAGCCUGCCCUGGCUGCUCCUCAACCACUCCAGCGACCUGCCUGCCGUGCUGGAGCAGAUCCGCACCAUACGCUACGAGGAGCCCAGCGGCAAUGCUAUUGGGGCGGCCAUCACUUUCGCCAGGACCUACCUGCUGAGCCCCGGCGCGGGGCGCCGGCCUGGCGUGCCGGCGGUGCUGGUGGUCUUGGCCGACGGCCCCUCCGGGGACGAUGCUAUUGCUGCGGCCAGGGACGUCAAGGCUGGGGGGGUCCAGGUGCUGGCGGUGGCCUUGGAGGGGGCAGACCGGGAGCAGCUCCGGCGCAUGGUCACCAGCGAGGACCCGCGGUACAUCUAUCAUGGUGGCGGUGCCCUGGCAGAGCUGGAGGGAGAGCUCACCGACGACCUCUGCACCAUCAUCUCCACCAGGCCGGAGCUGGAGCUGAAGCCCUGCACCAUGCAGUGCCCCAGGGGCGAGAAGGGAGACCGCGGUGAGGCAGGACCGCAAGGACGUGUGGGGCCACCGGGCCCCCCUGGCGAGCCGGGCCGCCACGGGCUGCCUGGCCCUCCGGGACCACGGGGGCCACAGGGUCUGCCAGGAGAGAGCGUUGAGCGGCCAGGCAAGAAGGGGGACAGGGGAUUCCCCGGAGCCGAUGGGACACCGGGAAGCCCCGGCCGCCCCGGGAACCCCGGAUCACCUGGCCAGCCGGGCACCCAGGGUGUCCCCGGCCCCCGAGGGGAUCCUGGGCCGCGGGGGCCAAUGGGCCUUUCUGGCCCGAAGGGGGAGAAAGGCGAGCCGGGAGAGCCCAGGGUGAUCGUGGAUGGAGGACAGGGGCUGCCAGGCCAGAAAGGGGAGCCGGGCACACCGGGCAGCCCCGGCCCCCCUGGAAGCCUUGGCCCACGGGGGCCCUUUGGUGAUCCAGGCCCCCCCGGUCCACUUGGACCCGUGGGGCCACCGGGACCUCCGGGAGAGUUUGUGAAGGGGGAGAAGGGUGACCGAGGAGAAAGGGGCCCCCCCGGACUUGUGGAUGGGGCAGCGCCUCGAGGGGAGCCAGGCCCCCCGGGCCUGCCUGGGGACCCCGGGCCCCGGGGACCUGCCGGGCCCCCCGGCCUGAAGGGAGAGAAGGGCGAUGGCAAAGAAGGUUUCCCAGGGCUGCCCGGCCGCCCCGGGGACCCAGGAGACCGGGGCCCUCGGGGACCGCCGGGGGAGCAGGGCAGGAAGGGAGACCGUGGGGCACCGGGCGAGCUGGGAGAGAUGGGCGAGAAGGGGGACCGCGGCGUGCCGGGCCCCGAGGGCGAGAAGGGCGAGGCAGGAGCCCCAGGGCGCCCGGGGCCAUCGGGCAGAGAGGGAGCUCCGGGACCGACCGGCCCCCGGGGGGAGAAGGGCGAUCUGGGACCACCUGGCAAGCCAGCUCCCAGCAUUGCCGGUGUUGGAGGAGAGAAGGGUGACAGAGGCUUCCCAGGACCAGAAGGACCUCCUGGCCCCAAGGGUGACACGGGAGAUAAAGGCGCCCGUGGUGACCCUGGCCUGAGCAUCCCAGGGCCAGCUGGCCCCAAAGGCGAGCAGGGCGAUCGGGGUAUCGUUGGCCUCACAGGCAGGAGCGGCCCAAAGGGCGACCCAGGGGAGCCAGGGGAGAAGGGCGAGCCGGGCCGAGCGGGCACCCCGGGGCAGACCGGGCUGCGUGGCAAGGAGGGAGAGCGUGGAGAAAAGGGUGACGAAGGCACCCCGGGUGAAGCAGGUCUGCCUGGCAAACCUGGAGACAGGGGCCCCCGGGGCCUCCCUGGCUACCGCGGCCCCCCUGGGGAGAAGGGCGACUCAGGGGACCCAGGUCCUGAAGGCAGGAAUGGCAGCCCUGGAGCGCCAGGGAGCAAGGGUGACCGUGGGGAGCCGGGGCCUCCCGGACCCCCAGGACGAACCGUCGACGUGGGGCUCGGAGGAGCAGGGGAGAAGGGGGAGAAGGGGGACCCUGGGGACCCUGGCGAGGACGGCGCGAAGGGUGCCCGGGGCGAUGCCGGCUCCCCUGGCCUGCCCGGAGAGAGGGGCGUGGAGGGCCCCCGCGGCCCCCCCGGUGCACGGGGUGACCCCGGGGACCGCGGCCUGCCAGGAGAGAAGGGGGACCGCGGCCCACCGGGGCUGGAUGGCCGCAACGGGCUAGAAGGCAAACCCGGGCCCCCGGGCCCUGCCGGGCUGCGGGGGGACCCCGGGAAGCAGGGGGACCCCGGCCGAGAUGGGCUGCCUGGGCUCCGUGGCGAGCAGGGAGCGCCUGGCCCUGUGGGCCCCCUGGGACCGCCCGGCGUCCCCGGCAAACCCGGUGACGAUGGCAAACCUGGCCUCAGCGGCAAGAAUGGAGAAGAUGGGACGCCAGGAGAGGAUGGGAGAAAGGGAGACAAAGGUGACACAGGACCCCCUGGUAGAGAGGGCCGCAAUGGUGCCAAGGGCGAGCAGGGGGACAGAGGUGUGCCAGGCCCCCUCGGCCCCCCCGGCCUCCCCGGCGUCCCGGGGCAGGUUGGCCCCCCAGGCCAGGGCUCACCGGGCCUCCGUGGGGUGGCUGGACCAAAGGGGGACCCGGGGGAGCCCGGACUGCAAGGGGAGCCGGGGCGACCUGGCAACCCUGGAGCACGCGGAGACCCCGGGGCUGCAGUGAACGUUGAACGUAGCCUGGAAGCGCUUGGCAUCAAGAUUUCAUCCCUGAAGGAGCUCACGGGUGCCUACGAUGGGAGCUCAGACUCGUUUCUGCCACUGUCCGAGCGGCUGCGGGGCCAGAAGGGCAGCCGGGGAGAGCCGGGAGAGAGGGGGCCUCCAGGCCGAGAGGGCUCCUUAGGCUUCCCCGGUGAGCGAGGACCCAAAGGUGACAAGGGGGACCCGGGUGCCCCUGGCCCCCAGGGCCCCAUGGGCCGGGCCGUGGGCGAGCGGGGUCCCGAGGGGCCUCCCGGGCAGCCGGGGGAGCCUGGCAAGCCGGGCAUCCCCGGGGUGCCGGGCCGGGCCGGGGAGCUGGGCGAGGCUGGGCGGACCGGCGAGAAGGGUGACCGGGGCGAGAAGGGUGACCGGGGCGAGCAGGGCAGGGAUGGCUUGCCCGGCCCCCCAGGGCCCCCGGGGCCCAAGGCAGACGUGGUGGAGGGCAGCCUGAUGGGCUUCCCAGGCGAGCGUGGCCCAGCUGGACCCAAGGGAGUGAAGGGCGAGCCGGGAGCUGAGGGCGAGCGCGGACCCAAAGGAGAUAAGGGUGAGGGUGGCCCACGAGGCGAGCAAGGGGAGCCCGGCGAGAAGGGCAGGGACGGUGCCCCGGGUCUCCCGGGUGAGAGAGGGCUGGCCGGCCCCGAGGGGAAGCCGGGCUUGCCAGGCUUCCCCGGCGUGCUGGGACGCCCGGGUAGCCAGGGAGACCCAGGACCCCCAGGACCUCCGGGCAGCACUGGCCCACCAGGGACCCAGGGCCCAGCUGGGACCAAGGGUGAUCCGGGGGAACCUGGCUCCGGCAUCCGGGGCUUGCCCGGUCCCCAGGGCAGCAUGGGGCUGCCCGGCCCCCCUGGCCCCCCCGGCCCGGGGGGCCCACCUGGUGUCCCCGGGCUGCCAGGACAAGUGGGGGAGAGUGGGAAGCCGGGUGUGCCAGGCAGGGACGGCGUGCCGGGGAAGGACGGCGAGGCAGGGAUGCCUGGGAAGAUGGGUGUGCCAGGACCUUCGGGCCCUGCUGGUCCCAAGGGAGAGCCAGGGGAUGCUGGAGCCCCAGGGCAGGCCAUCGCUGGCCCUCCCGGCGCCAAAGGCGAGAAGGGCGAGCCGGCAUUGCUGGAGGGCACGCUGCUGGGAGAACCCGGCUCCAAGGGCGACCGAGGCUUGCCCGGCCCCAAGGGCGAGAAGGGGGAGCCGGGAAGAUUCGGGGAGCCAGGGGAUCCUGGGGAAGAUGGAGCCAAGGGGUCCUCCGGAGCCAAAGGGGAGAAGGGAUUGCCGGGUGUCGGUGUGCGGGGACCUCCAGGACAGGAUGGGCCUCCGGGCUUGAAGGGUGACAUCGGCUUGCCAGGACCACCAGGACCCCCAGGCUUAGCAGGCAUCGCUGGGACACCAGGACAGCCAGGCCUGAGAGGGGACAACGGGCAGCCUGGCCCGCCGGGUCCCCCGGGAGAGAGGGGUUUGAUCGGCUUUCCCGGGAGAGAUGGCACCUCUGGACCGCCAGGACCCGCGGGGCCCCCAGGGCCAGCUGGCGUACAAGGGGCCUCUGGCCUGAAGGGUGACAAGGGUACCCCGGGGGCUGGGCUGCCAGGAGCCAGAGGCGAGCGUGGAGACCCGGGGCCACGGGGUGAAGACGGGCGCCCGGGGCCAGAAGGCGAUCGUGGGCCGGCGGGCUUGCCUGGGAACCGAGGGGAGCGUGGGGACAAGGGAGACGUUGGGGCCCCGGGGCCCAAAGGAGACAAGGGCGAUACUGUGGUGGUGGAGGGGCCUGUCGGAGCACGGGGCAGCAAGGGAGAGCCGGGCGAGCGUGGCCUGAAGGGCACGGAAGGGGACAAGGGGGACAAGGGGGAGCAAGGCGUGCCUGGAGAGAAGGGGGCGAGGGGCGAGCAAGGCGAGAAGGGCUCCACGGGCUUCCCUGGGGCACGCGGCCCUGGCGGGCAGAAGGGAGAGGUCGGAGCGUCGGGAGAGCCUGGCGAGCCGGGCCAGCCCGGCCGCGAUGGGAUCCCUGGAGCCCGGGGAGAGAAGGGGGACACAGGACUCCUGGGCAUGCGUGGGCCCAAGGGUGACCGGGGCAUGAAAGGCGCCUGCGGCCUCGAUGGGGACAAGGGCGAGAAGGGAGAGCCGGGGAUCCCAGGGCGCUCAGGGCUGCCGGGGAGGAAAGGCGAGCCGGGAGAGCUGGGUCUGUCGGGACCACCGGGCAUCCCCGGGAAGGAGGGGCUCAUGGGACCCAAGGGCGACCGUGGAUUCGACGGGCAGCAGGGAGGCAAAGGAGACCAGGGGGAGAAAGGAGACCGGGGUGCCCCGGGCGUUAUCGGUGGCCCCGGUCCACGGGGUAGUGACGGUGCUCCUGGCCCCCCCGGGCCCCCCGGGAGCGUUGGCCCACGAGGUCCCGAGGGCAUGCAGGGCCAGAAGGGGGAGAGAGGCCCCCCUGGACAGUCCGUGCCAGGGGCCCGUGGUGUGCCCGGCAUCCCCGGUGAGAGAGGAGAGCAGGGCAGUCCCGGCACCCAGGGGCUCCGUGGGGAGAAGGGGGAGCCGGGCAUGACGGAGGAGGAGAUCCGUGCCUUCGUCAGGCAGGAGAUGAGUCAGCACUGUGCCUGCGGCGGCCACUUCCCACGGCGCCUGGAUUCACGUGAGCAGUCAGGAGGCUGGGGGGCUCAGGCCAGGAGCAGCCUCCAUUCUGCCCAGGGAGGAGGAAGAAGCGUCCGCCAGGAAAGGGAGCACAGCCAAACAGGGCUCUUCCCCACCCAGCCGUUCCCUGCUGGCAGUGCUCGUGCCGUCCCUGUGCUCAAGUUGUCACACGCUGAGGAAGAGGAGGGGCAGGACAGACGCGUCAUGCUCAACACCGACGACCUCGAGUACGAGAGUGUGUAUGGGGAGGAGGAGGAGGAGGACUACGAUGAGGUCCCGGACAGCUCAGAGCAGCCUGUGAUGGGCGCUGAGCCCUGCAGCCUGCCGCUGGACGAGGGGGACUGCCAGCGCUACACACUGCGGUGGUACUACAACCAAAGAGUCACCGAGUGCCGGCCCUUCGUCUACAGUGGCUGCCGGGGCAACCUCAACCGCUUCGACACCAAGGAGGAGUGCGAGCUGCACUGCGGGCAGCACCCAGGGGCAGAUGCCCAUGGUGUUGCGAGCAGCGAGGCAGGAGGGCAGCCAAAGGCGUAGGCGCGGGCAGUGUCUCGGCAGGCAAGGCUGCCCGGUGGUGGGGCCCGGCUACUGCCCCAGCCGGGGCUGGGCUGCCCGCAGUGGCGGGGGCCACGUGCCCACCAGCCCCCGGCAGGAACCUGGUGCUAUUUCUAACGUGUCUUUUUGCUGCUCAUGGGUUUUUCCUUUCAUAUCAGUUUUAUUGCCCGUUAAGGUGAAAUUCAUAUCAAAUGGGAAACCUGCCCCCCCC